CCACAGGAUUUUAUGUUCCAGCAGACAAUGUUAAGAGUAAAGGAUCCUAAGAAGUCACUAGAUUUUUAUACAAGAGUUCUUGGAAUGACACUGCUUCAAAAAUUUGACUUUCCUGCUAUGAAGUUCUCGCUCUAUUUCCUGGCAUAUGAAGAUAAAAAUGAUAUCCCAAAGGAUAAAGCUGAGAGAACAGCUUGGACCUUCUCUAGAAAAGCUACACUUGAACUGACACACAACUGGGGCACUGAAAAUGAUGAAAGUCAGUCUUACCACAAUGGCAAUUCAGAUCCCCGAGGAUUUGGACACAUUGGAAUUGCUGUCCCUGAUGUCAAUAAAGCUUGUAAGAGGUUUGAAGAACUAGGAGUGAAAUUUGUGAAGAAACCAGAUGAUGGUAAAAUGAAAGGACUUGCAUUUGUUCAGGAUCCUGAUGGCUACUGGAUUGAAAUUUUGAAUCCUAACCACAUGGUGACUCUCACUUAGUUCUAGUGAAGUGUAUUGUAUAAGAGAUGCCCCCUUUCAGUCCCCUGGAGAAAAUCUGUAAUAGCGUUUGUGAAAUUCGCGCUCAGUGGAAAGGAACCAGUCGUGUUCAGAGUCUCCUCUAAAACUAUCCCCUGGGACGUCACUGUACUUGAAUUCCUCUUUUCUUGUCCUGUGAUGCCACUGCAAUUUGUUUCCAAUUAGGAAUACUCAACCAUUUUUUCGAAGAGCGCUUACACAGACUGUUCUCUUGAACAUUGAUUAUGUUAAUAUUUCACUAAACACUAUCAAAAUAUA